GUAAGAAUCGCCAAGAAGAGUGGUGCCAUCAUCCCCAAGCCUCCCGAGUCUCAGCGCCGCAUGUAUCCACGACCAGACGGAGGAGAUAAGGACACCCCGCCAGAUGUUGCUAUUAAGAAGACCGUUUCAGAGAGGGAUGAACUCAUGCAUGAAGCCAUGAAGAAGCUCACUAUCCUGGGUCCCAAAUGCGAUUUCUUGCGUGAGAUCGCGCAGAUCGACCAAGAGCAGAAGGCUGCGUGGUUGCAGGAGAAGCAGCGCCGUAUGGCCGAGAGGGCCCAGAAGAUGAAGCAGUGA